AUGGAUAAAUCACCCCAGGCGGUGCAGACAUCUCUGAAUGCAGACCAGGCCGAUGAUGCCGUGGUAUACCUCAAAGCCCAUGCAGAUGGGGUGUCACACCCAGAGAUUGACCUCUCUGCGCUGCGGCGUAAAAUUGACUGGCACUUAAUGCCUUACAUGUUUUGCUGUUAUGUGCUGCAAUUCUUGGACAAAGUUAUGCUGAAUUAUGCGGCUGUGAUGGGAAUUAAAAAAGAUUUGAAUCUCCUUGGAAACGACUUCUCCAACACCGCCACAUGGUUCUUCAUUGCCUACUUGAUCGCAGAGGUACCAAAUGUAUACUUUUUACAAAAAGCACCACCUGCAAAAUGGCUUGGAAUCAAUGUUGUUCUCUGGGGAGUCGCGGCUGCUGCUGGCGCCGGCGCCCAGGGCUACAAAGGACUGCUGGUCGCACGAAUUUUCUUGGGUAUUUUCGAGGCGACAGUAGGACCGUCUUUGAUGCUGAUCAGCAGUCAGUAUUAUACCAGAAGUGAACAAGCUCCCCGCUUUACCAUCUGGUAUGUGGGUCUUGGUGUGGCCCAGAUUAUUGGAGGAAUCAUUUCCUUUGGCUUCCAGCAUGUGCAUGGUGCCUCACUCGAGGGAUGGCGGAUUAUGUUCAUCGUUCUGGGGUUGAUCACCUCUAUCGUCGGUGCCCUGACAUUCUUCUUCAUUCCGGACACACCGAUGAAGGCCUCUUGGCUGUCCGAGCAAGAGAAGGUCGCGCUCAUCGAGCAUGUCAGCGAGAACCAGACUGGAGUCUGGAGCACAGAAAUUAACUUCAAGCAAAUCUGGGAUGCCGUCUGUGACAUUCAACUCUGGUUCCUAACGGUGAUCACCAUCUUGAUUUCCGUAUCAAGUGGUAUUAUCACCACAUAUUCGGCCACGUUGAUUGGCGGAUUUGGUUUCUCUGGGCCAAUCUCCGCCCUCCUCAACACGCCGUCCGGCAUUGUCAGUAUCUUCUUCACACUUCUUGUGGGCUUCGGCAUCCGCAAGACCUCGCAUCGUUGGGCAUGGAAUGUCCUCUGCACAAUCCCCGGCAUCAUCGGGGGAGCCCUGCUAUCCUUCCUGCCCAAGAGCAACAAAGCCGGUGUGCUUAUCGGUAUCUAUCUCGUGAACGCGAUUGUAGCCACGCUGCCAAUUCUGUAUCAGUGGACCAUGGCCAACUGCGCAGGACACACCAAGCGUGCAUUUUCUAGUGCUCUGGUUGCUGGAUCGUUCUCGGUCGGAAAUAUCAUUGGCCCCCAGACCUUCCAGGCGAAGGAUGCGCCGGAAUAUCGACCCGCAAAGAUUGCAGUUCUCGCAACACAGGCCGCAGCUGCUAUGCUGUCGGUUGUUCUCUUCGGCUACUACAUGUGGCAGAACCGUCGCAGAGAUCAGACCAAGGGCCGUGUUGAUGAUAACAUGGUCAAUGAGACCAAGUGGGCUGGGCUCACGGAUAGGCAGAACCCUUCUUUCCGCUAUGUUUACUAG